AUGGCAAAAUCAAACCCGAGCAUUACCUCGAGGGCGAGGAAUUGUGCCUAUUUCUGGCUUUUUACAUCCAUUUCCACCCUUGCCCAGUUACAAACAUUUGUGCCUCCUGGGCAAAAUGGAAUCAGCUAUAGUGUCAAUAUACCCCAGGCCACCGCGUCCUCCGGCUCUGGGCCGAUAUUCUUCCAACUGAAGUCCACAUCCGAGCUUAAAUGGUUUGCUUGGGGCCAGGGAUCUCGAAUGCAAGGAGCGAAUAUAUUUAUUGUCUAUGCAUCUAGCAACGGCAAUAAUGUUACCGUCUCUCCGCGACUGGGCGUGGAGCAUGUUAUGCCACUGCAUAACCCCAAAGCUCAGUUAUCAGUCUUAAAUGGCAGUGGAAUCAAUAAUGGAAUUAUGACCGCAAAUAUCCGAUGCGAUAGUUGUAUCGCGUGGUCCGGUGGAAAUGAAAAUGUGAGCAGCGUAUCGAGUCCAUGGGUUUGGGCAGUGAAAUACGGAAGCCCACUCAAGACGGACAGUUUAACUGCAUCUAUCAAUAUACACGAUUCAGAGGGGGUUGCUGCCAUAGACCUUCAACAGGCAACCGGCGGUACAUCUGAUAACCCUUUUACAACCUCGAACAAUACGGAGUCCUCGGGUACAGCACAUCCUAUUUCGACUGUUAGCACUGGGUCUGUUGAAAAGCUCAGGAAGGCCCAUGCUAUUAUUAUGAUAUUGGUCUUUGUCAUUCUUUUUCCUUCAUUUGCUCUGAUGCUUCAUAUUGUUCCAUAUACAAAUAUUGUCAAUGUCCAUGCUGCGUUCCAGCUUGUUACACUCUCCCUGGCUAUUGCUGGGUUUGGAAUUGGUAUUUCAAUGGCAAGAAGCCUUGAUUUCAUACAAAGAUAUCAUCCAAUUAUUGGGAUGGUGACUGUCCCGUGUCUUACGCUUUUUCAGCCCGCAGUUGGCUUUCUUCAACACAGGUAUUUUCACAAAACUGGUGGCAAGAGUGUGUUUGCUUACCUACAUCGAUGGCUUGGUCGCUGUCUCAUGGCUCUUGGAAUUAUCAACGCUGGUCUAGGCUUUCGUAUGACAGGCAUCGGUCUAUCGAUUGCACCUGUUGGGGCAGUUAUUGCGUAUAGUGUGGUCGCUGGAAUCAUCGGACUUGGGUACGUUUUAAUCGUCGUGCUUUUGCCUCUUAGAAGGCGCAGAAUAUCCUCUUCAUAG